CAAGCAACUAUGAAGAGGUUUCUUGAAAGUUAUAUUACGAUUUAAUAAUAUUUCUGACAUACUUACCCUUAUAUAUUACUCACCCAAGUUUGAUGAGUUUAGAGUAGGUAGCUUUUCAACUCUUUCUUGAUUAAUCUUAUAUGAAGAGUUGACAUGAUUUUCUUUUAUUCAUUCUGAUAUAUAUGAUAUGACAUACAAUGGAAAAAUAUUUAAAUUCGUUAUAAAACUGGUACCUACUUUGUCGAUCCCUUUCUUUUCGUAGUUUAAAAUUCCUUCUGAUAGUAAUAUUAAUUACUUGGACAUUUCGAAUCACUUCUAAUUAAAACGUCAACUUGAAACCUUUAAAAGGAAUUGUUAACACUUUUUUCUUAUUAAACAGAAUACUAUAUUCGACAUUCUAAAGUGCCCUAUAAUUAGUUCUUUUUUCAAUUUUUCUUUAGUCAAAAAAACUUUUAAUUCAAUUUCUUUUCGUAUUGAGGUCGAACGUUUAGGAGACAGUAUCAGAAAAAAUGCUCGACGCAAAUGGAAAAAAAUGUUUCGAAAACAGUUUGCGGCGAACUAAAUUGUUUCUUUCACUAUCUGGCAUCAGAAUUAGUGCAACAAAAUGGCCAAAAGCAUUGGAAAAGUUGUUCGAUACGUACUUCUAUUACUUUCAAGUGUUUUGGCUUUACGCAGACGUUUUGGGUGAAAUCAGUUGGCUUAUAGAAGGCGUUUUGAAUGGCAGCAGCUUUUUAGAACUAUCAUUGGCUGUACCUUGCAUCACCGUCAGUUGUUUAGCUACGUCAAAAUCUAUAUUUCUGUAUUUGAAUCGAGAUGUCGUAGUCAAAGUAAUCGAUAAAUUGAGAGAGAUAUACCCAGAAAGUGACGAAACUUUGAAAUACCAUUCGAACGCUGACCUCUCUCAUGAUAAGGAAUUGGAUAUUUUUGAAGACAAUUCAAAUAAAUCCGAUAUUAAUACUGAUAUAGAGAGGGAUAUAAAGAAUGAAUCGGUGGAUUUUUUGAAUUUAGUCGUCAAAGUUCAGUAUUACAUUUGUAGUGCUGUCGUAGUCGCGUUUCCUUUGAUGCCUGUCUCUACAAUGGUUUUUAUUUACUACAGCACUGGUGUACUGGAGUACAAGUAUGUUUACAUGGUCAAAUAUUUCUUUGACCCCUUCAAGAUGGCGCUGUGGCCUUUCGUGUACUUUCAUCAGGUUAUGUCAACUGUCAUCGUUGCUAUGAACGUGUUCGGUUCUGAUACUCUCUUCUACGCGGCGUGCAUCUACAUUCAGAUGCAUUUCCGGAUUCUGUGUCACCAUUAUGAGAAUGCGGUCUCCGCUUCUUCGAUUCAGACGAGACUGAAUUUGAAGGUAGCCAUCAGAAGACACCAUGAGUUGAUCGACUUGGUGAACCGGGUGGAGAUUUUAUACACUAAGUCAACGCUUUUCAACAUAGUCACCAGUUCCUUUCUCAUCUGCCUUUCUGGAUUCAUUAUUACGAUGGUGGAAGAUAUUAUAGUGAUGGUGACUUUUGCGACUUUCCUCUUCAUGAAUUUAUCGCAAAUAUCGUUGCUGUGCUACUUUGGAGAUAUGCUCAUGAGUUCGAGCACCCAGAUCGUCAAUGCCAUUUACAAUUCGCUGUGGUACGAUGCUGAUGAAAGAGUUAAGAAGAGCGUCUUCUUGAUACUCAUCAGAGCUCAAAAACCGUGUAAGCUCACAGCGUGUAACUUUGCAGAUCUUAAUUUGAAAGCAUUCACUACCAUACUAAGCAGAUCGUGGUCAUAUUUCGCUCUCUUGAAGACGAUGUAUAAAUAAAUUUAGUACGUACAUCUAGAUCUAGCUACUCAGUCGCUUACAUUGCUUGUACUUAUUUAAUGGCAUUCGACAAUUAA